AUGUCAAUUUCAAAGAUCAGUCAUAGUGCAGUGCAACCGCGACCGCAAGUCGGCGGAGCGUCGCGCUUUAUGCUCCACUGCCCCCUGGGAAAUAUAGCUUUUUGUGCUCUGACGAUACUGCGGUGCUGGAAGUUUGACGCUCGCACGCGUCGCUUGCGCAGCGCGUUCGCGGCGGAGUGUGGCUGGCAGAAUUCGGCGCUCAGUGCUCGCCGCGGCUUCGCUACAGAUGGUGUUGUGUCAACUGCGCGAACGCUGAACCGUUGA